AGAAAGCCACCGAGGUCGGCGCCAGAGUCGAUGCCCUCCAGGCCGCCACUCUUCACCACCACCACCACUUAGCUGCGCCGCCGCAGGAGCUUAUCUCGGGGCGGUCUGGAGAUUUUGCGGAGCGGGUUGAUUUGAACAAGAUACCAGAACCCGAAGAUUGUGAAUGGGAGAUGAAUUGAAGAAAAAAAGAAAAGAAGGGUGUUAUGGUUUUGUCUUGUUCCUUGUUGCUGCUGUUACGUUGUUCCAACACGCUAACGUGCGCCAUGAGAAGGUGGUGUAACGGCGGAGGCAAAAGGAUAGUGAUUGUUAUUGAUGAGGCCCAAGGUCCUUUUCGGGUGUGGAUUAGUGUAACUCUUUUAUCUUUUUCUUCUUCCUUGCUAGUUUCUUUCUUUCUUUUUUCUGAAGAAAUUUUGGCGUUGUAAAAAUGUUAAAAUGUAAAUUAAGUAGUGAUUAGCCUUCUUCCUUGUUUUA